UUGAAAAGUAUGCGACCGGAUUCGCGCAGUGUCUCAUUCACGUUUCACCGGGACGUUCUGAGUGUAAAAAAUUCACCGGAGAUUACUAAAAACUCAAACAAUCUCAGGCGACGACUUCAGGAUCGUUUCGAGAAGGAAAAAUCGGAUCUUAGCAAGGAAAAAAUGUCGAAGGAUAAGCAAGCAGGUGACCGUAGUUGGAAUAAUCUGACGUUGGGAAAUAUGUCAGCAGAUUCCAGACGUGCUCUACGGACCGGAGCCGAGAAAUUAUCGAAAACCAUAUCUUCAGUACGCACUACUUUUGGUACCAUUUCUCAGAAAUUCAAAAGUUCUACACGUAGACGUCAAAGACUGGAGGAGCAACAGUCUCCAAAUAGCAUUUGUAAAAUGCAAACUCCUCAGACACGUUCACGUCAACUUCUUGGAAGAACACCAACCAAACUUUAUAGUCCCUUUGGUAUAGAGUCUCCCAUGCAUGCAUGGGACAAAGAGAACAAUGAAACACCAGUGCAUAGCUCUACAGGAAUGAACACACGGUAUAUCCAAUGUAGGCCAUUCCGUUUUACUAGAGCCAAAGGAUUCUCAGUAUUGAGAUAA